AUUUAUCUUCCUGUAUGUUUAGUUGCAAUAAAUAAGAAGUGCAAGAAAUAUAUUAAGCAUUUAUAAGAAAAAGAAAAGAAAGGAAUGAAGAUGGAAGAGAAAAAAGAGUGUAGAGUUCCAAUGUUUUGCUUACAACAAGUCAUUACAGUUAUUCUCAAAUGUCUUGGUUUUGAAUCGCCCUCUUCUUCUUCAUCUUCUUCUUCUUCAAGUACGUCAGAUACAAAUAAAAAAGAAGAAGAGAAGAAGCAGGAGGGUUCAGAUUCAACAAAUGAUAAUUACAAGAAUGAUCCUCCAGCUGAAGAUGAUCCACAGACAGUACCUAUAGCAGCAGCAACAAGAAGGACAGGAAGAACACCACCACGUCCUAGAGUUGGUAGUGGAUCUCCUCCUCAGAACAAUUAAUUAAUUAAUUGAAAAUAUAUUAAUACUUAAUUUGGCUGUCGCCCGUUGAUCAGUAAAUUAUUUAGAACUUCGAAAAAUGAUCAAGAUAGUUUGCUUCCAAGACACUAAACUAAACAUAUGGUCGUAGUAGUUAGCUCAGAAUGCGUCUCUUCUUCAUGAUGAUAUGGUCAAUUAUAUAUCAAAGUUUAGGUCUAGUAGUACUGCUAGAUCUUUUAUCAUGGUUUGAUUUCCGUGUUUAAUUCUAUUAAUUAGGCCCUUUAUUAUUUGUUUAUAUACAUAUAUAUUGUAAGAUAUAAGUCUUUUUAAAAUAUAUUUGCAAG